AUGGUUGACCAUGAGGAAUUUCAUGUAUCUUCGCCUCCCCCACCACCUCCCUCCUCUUCUUCUUCAAAUGUCUCAUCAGAAUACUCCCCCAGUGUCCCAGUGAGUUUGGGCUGCCCAAUUUCAAGCAGAAGCAGUGACUGGACUGUGGACCCACUGGGGAAAGUGGAGCUGCAGAUUGAAGAUGCAGCAUUUUCUCUAACCAAACUUCUUGAAGCCACAUCUGCAGGAUCAUCUCAAGUGAAAGAAUUUGCCCUCAAAUGUACAGAAAAUUCAUGUUUCCUUAAAAAUUUGCAGGACCUCUUGAAAGAAGGCUAUGAUUCUUUAAAACCUAACAACUGA